AUGCAAGGUCAGUUUAAUGGGUUAAAAGCACUUAUAUUGGAAGAUAAUGAAUAUGCCUUCUAUGUUCAUUGUUUUGCUCACCAACUUCAACUAGCACUUGUAGUUGUGGCAAAAAAGGAUACAAAUAUUGAGAGACUUUUUUUGAAAGUUUCUUGUGUGAUAAAUAUUGUUGGAUGGUCACUUAGACGUAGGGAUCUUCUUAAUGAGAAACAAGCUUUGAAAGUGAAAAAAGCUAUUGGAAGUGGUGAGCUUUCAAUAGGGCAAGGUCUUAAUCAAGAUACUAGUCUUAAGCGACCAAGGGAAACACGGUGGGGUUCACAUUAUGGGACUUUAUUGAGCUUGAUUAAUUUGUUUUCAUCUGUUAUUGAAGUGCUUGAGGAUCUUACUGAAAAUUCUUAUAAUAGAGUUGAAGCAAGUGAUUUGGUGGAUUAUAUGACUUCUUUUGAUUUUGCUUUUAACCUGCACAUGAUGAAAAACAUUUUGGGAAUCACAUUUGAACUUUCACAAGCAUUGCAAAGGAAGGAUCAAGAUAUUAUAAAUGCUAUGUCUUUGGUUCACUUGUCGAAAAGAAGAUUAUCGUUGAUAAGAAAUAAUGGGUGGGAUAAUCUACUUGAUGAAGUUUCUCAUUUUUGCAUUGCUCAUGAUAUAGAUAUACCAAAUAUGCAAGAGACAUUUGUUGCAUGA